AUGACAACGGCAACAUAUGGUGGAGACGAAGUCUCAGCCCUCGUAUUUGAUAUUGGCUCGUCAACAAGUAAAGUUGGGUAUGCAGGCGAAGAUACUCCAAAGGCUGUCUACCCCUCUUGGGUCGGAAUUCCUGGUGAUGGUGGAGUAGAAGCCAUGGAUGUAGAUGAGCCAGCAGGGGAAGAUAGCGGUGGACUUAUAGGGGAAAAUGGAGAUGUGGAAAUGACCGAUGCAAACGGGGAGACCCGAAAGACUGUAUCUAAGCGAAGGAAGCCGAAGCGAUACGUUGGGGAAACCGAGAUCUAUUGCUGGAGGGAAAACAUGGAACUCAAGAAUCCGCUUAAAGAGGGUGUAGUGGAGGAUUGGGACGUAUAUGAGACGCUUUGGGAUCAUGCGUUUUCACGUCUGCGAGUUGAAUCCAGCGAACAUCCCCUUCUCUUGAGCGAGCCGUCAUGGAAUCCUAGAGAAUCACGCGAAAAGCUAAUUGAGUUAGCAUUUGAGAAGUAUGACGUUCCAUGCUUCUAUCUUGCACGGAGUGCUGUCCUUUCGGCAUUCGCAGCUGGUCGCUCCACUGCGCUUGUGUUAGACUCUGGGGGCUCUAUGACGAGUGCUGUACCAGUGGUUGAUGGAUUUGUGCUAAAAAAAGCAAUCCAGAAACAGCCUUUUGCCGGAAAUUUCAUUUCAAAUCAAGCACAGCUAUACCUCAAAGAAAUGGGCAUAACUGUAACUCCUCAAUAUCUUGUCUCAAAGAAGUCUGCGGUGGAUGCAGGACAACCCGCGCGGUAUGACCUACGAGACAGGCCAAAUACGGCACCGAGUUACCAUAAUCUGGCUGUUGAGCGAGCGAUUGACGAGUUUAAGGAGACUGUUUGUCAUGUGUCAGAGUUCCAAUUUGAUGAAAAGACGUUAUCGCAGAGACCGGUGAAGAACUUUGAAUUCCCUGAUGGCUACAAUAAUUCUUUCGGAAUAGAACGUUUCAAAAUUACAGAAUCUCUUUUUACUCCGAAGUUCAUGUUGCAGGACCCCAAACAACCCUCAGAUACAGCCAUCCCGCAACCGUUGAGCGUUACCCAGCUAAUUCAAAAUAGCAUAAAUUCUUGCGACCCAGAUCUCCGAACACAGCUAUAUCCUAAUGUAGUGCUGACGGGUGCAAAUACGCUCCUCCCCGGGUUUGCAGAUCGCGUACAUUACGAACUCCUAUCAUCGGCACCAGGGUUUAAAACGAAAAUCCAGGCUGCUGGACAAACAUCAGAACGGCGCUUCAGUCCGUGGAUUGGCGGCUCCAUUCUUGCUUCGUUAGGGACCUUCCAUCAACUGUGGAUCUCGAAGCAGGAGUAUGCAGAGUGUGGGGUGAAUGUCGAGAACCGUCUGCAUUGAGACCCCGGAGAAUGCGUGUGUUGGAUUGCUUGUGAUGUACAUACGCGAUGUAAAUGCUUAAGCCUUAAUGCUACGUCUGUAAACCAGA